AUGCAUCAUAUCCUCGUCGUCGGCGGCGGCCCCGCAGGUUCUACUACAGCCUUCUUCCUCGCAAAAGCAGGCUUUCGCGUUACAGUCAUCGAACGCUCAACCACACCUCCCUAUGGCCAAGGCAUAGACAUUACAGGCCCAGCCGUCGAUAUCGUGAAGAAAAUGGGCUUGUGGGAGAAGAUCAAAGCCAGUACGACUGGAGAGAGUGGGUUUGCCAUGUUGGAUGAUGGCGGAAGAGAGAUUGGGAGUGUAGGAACCAAUCCCGCGGAUGAGAGCAAGAUGGCCUUCUCACCUACUAAUGAGAUUGAGAUUAUGCGUGGAACUUUGACGAAUAUUCUUAUGGAUGCGGCCAAAGAGCAGGGGGUGGAAUUUCGAUAUGGAUGCACAGUAGACGAAAUCAAAGAAGAAGAAAACUCUGUAUCAGCCACCCUAUCAGAUACCAACAAACCCGAAUCAUUCACCGCCAUCAUUGGCGCAGACGGCGUAGCCUCGCGAGUACGCAAACUCACCUUCGACAAAGCAGCAACCGAGAAUUGCUUCCGACAGACCGAUACUUACUGCGCCUACUUCUCCAUGCAAGUGGGCCCGAAACAACAAACCACGUAUUCAGUCUUACAGCAUGCCAACAAAGGACGCGUACUCUGGAGAAGACCAAUCGACAGAGCUGGCACUCGAGCCUCGAGUUAUUUAAUCGUCACAACAACCGAUGCUGCAGAUUUGCAACAAGCAGCUCGGCAUGGAACAGUGGAGCAACAAAAGGCUCUCCUGGAACGGCGAUUUGAAGGCGUUGGUGGCAUCAGAGAUCAAAUUGUACAAGGGAUGAACGCCUCCGACGACUUCUACUUUACAAGAGUAGUGCAAGUCAAACUCGACACCUGGCACUCUGGCCGUUGUGCUCUGGUUGGCGACGCAGGAUACUGUCCUUCACCCCUAACAGGACAAGGCACCACAAUGGCACUCAUCGGCAGCUACGUGCUCGCCGGAGAACUAGCCAAGAACCCUGAAGACCCAGCUACCGCAUUCACGAACUACAAGAAGAAUUUCGAAGGAUUUGUUCAAGAGAACGGAUCCAUACCAUUGGGAGGAAGAGCUCCGAAACUCGCCGCUCCGCAAUCAGAUUUUGGCAUCUGGAUGAUCAGGUCGAUUUUCGGAACCAUUGCGCGACCAGGCUUCCAGAAACUUUUCGAGUCUCUGCCUUCUUUGCCUAGCUUUGGUGGUGCAGCCGACAAGUUCCCGUUCCCGGAUUAUGACUUUCGAGCACGUUGA